CGCGCACGUGACGUCAUGUACACAAACACGCUGUUAUUGUUGGUGAUAUUCCUCCUCGUAUCACCGGGUCUUUCAACUUCUCACGAGGACGAACACCACGAUCAUAUCCUUUGUCGUAACUGUGGGGCAGAAUUAACCGAAAAUACGAAGGAAAAUUUUGUCAAUGUCACUAGCCCUCAUUCGGAGUCCAGUCACUGGUUGUCUGUCCUUGGCCAUUCUCAUUUGAUGGUUCAGACACUGCGAAAUCCAGCCGAUAUAGCUUUUGACCUUGUCACUGUGAAAAGAACUGGAUGUUCAGGCGUUGGAGAGUGGUAUAGUGAACAUUCUUGGUUUCCUGGCUAUUCUUGGAAGGUCUGCGUCUGUCCUCGCUGCAAGGCACAUCUUGGCUGGAUCUUUGAACCAAUAGAAAAUACCAAACCCAGCCAGUAUUUAGCUUCAAGCAAGGGGUUCUAUGGACUUAUUUUAGAAAAACUGAUAAGUGAAGACUUUUCAGAUUCCUUGCUAAUUGGACUUCCCAAACGACAAAGAUACUAACCAUGGCUGAGGAGAGGCAGGGUGUAUGUGUUGGUGAGGAGAACAUGGUUGAAUUGGACACAGAAUUUUUGAAAAAACUGGAGGAAGAGGCCAAAGAUCGCUUCACAGAAGAUGAUAAGAAUUUCAUGGAGUAUUGCAGCAAACCUCCACCAAAGCCUCCAAUUCUUCCUGCUGAAAGAUUUGAAAGGAAUAGGCGGGGUGGAUUCAGGGGACGCGCAACAGGACAGGCGCAAUAGGGACAACAGAAGGGACUUCGGUGAUGACCGGAGGAGAAGCUGGGGGGCCGAGAGGAGGGAUUUCGGAGGAGACAGGAGAGACUAUGGUGGUGAUAGAAGGGAUUAUGGGGGAGAGAGGAGGGACUUUGGAGGGGAUAGGAGGGAUGUUGGAGAUGACAGGAGGGAAUUUGGAGAGAGGAGAGAAUUCAGAGGUGAUCGAAGGGAAUUUGGAGGUGAUAGGAGGGACUUUGGAGGGGAAAGGAGAGACUAUAGGGGUGAAAGAAGAGAAUAUGGAGGUGAGAGGAGUGACUAUGGAGGUGAGAGGAGUGACUAUGGAGGUGAAAGGAGGGAAUACGGAGGGGAGAGGAAAGACUUUGAAGGGGACCGAAGAAACGAACGAAGGGAAUUUGGUGGAGGGAGAGACCAAGAGUACAGAGAUGAUAGGAGAGGUGAGAAGAGGCCUCACUCAGGGUAUUCUGAGGACCACAGGGGCAGUGGAGAGGGCUAUUACUAAAGGAUUUCAUUAUCCUUCACAUCUUAUAAUGAUAAAGAGCAGGCUCUAUAUAAAAGUAUCUUUUCAUAAAUUACUGUUUUGCAUGCUAGCCAUAUAUACUACUCUAUAUUCUUCUAUGGAGCAGGACUUGGUUCUUGCUGAUUGGCUUUUCUAGUAGCCAGUUUUGUACUUCAGGUUUAGAAUGCCAUUUAUUUUUGUUUGUAAAAAGAGAUAUAUAAAGUACACAUUUAUGAUUCAUCAGGUUUGUUUCGGAGAUAAAAGGUAUAAAGGCUGCUUGGUUUGGUUUUAGAUAUGUAAAAGAAAAAAAUGUAAAAUUUGGAUAAAAUGUAUAUUUUUCCAGACAAAAGUUUUUGAUUUUACCACAUCCUAUUACUAUACAAGUAAAAUGAUUAUGAGGUUUAUUAAAAAUUUGAAAAUUUAAUUGUUAUAUGGAAAGUUUCAUUCAGUAAAAAGAACUGUCAGUAGUGUGUAUCUAUGUGUGAUUUUUUUCCAUCUUUGUAGUCUAAAAAAAUAUACAUGAAACAGAUGUCAGUAUACUAACUAGCAUAACCCAGGAAUUGGAUAUGUAAAUUUAAAGUUUGGUCCUAGAGUCUACAGAAAGCAGUUUGAUAUUUGUAUUCAUUAUUCAGUACUCUGUAAAGUUCUAGUUGAAUUGUAAAUGUCUUGCACUUCUCUGUGAAUGUCAGAAUCUUGUAGAUUCCAAAUAAUUAAACCUUUUAGUCAAAGAUU